AUGGCGGCGGCGGCGGGCUCGCUGGUGGCGGCCGUGCUGGCGCACUCGGGCCGCCUCGACAAGGAGGACCUGGGCUCGCGCAUCGCGCGCCUCUCCCGCCGCGUGGAGGAGCUGAAGGCAGGCGCGGGGCCGGGGCCGCGGCCGCGGCCGGGGCGGCGGGCGGCGCGGGGGGUGACCGUGCCGCCGCGUGUGCCGCAGGGCGAGGUGUGCAACGUGAUCACCAAGAAGUACAGCGAGUUCCUGCCCAGCCUGCAGAGCGCCGAGGAGCUGGUGGCGCAGGUGGAGCGGCUGGCCGGCAGCAUCGACGCGCUGCGCGCCCGCAUCGAGAGCGAGGUUCAGCGAGAUCUAGAUGUUGCCGUGGCCGAGUUUACUGAACUGAAGCAGCAGCUGGAGCGCGACACGCUGGUUCUGAGUAUCCUGAAAAAGCUACAAGAGUUUGAUACAGCUAUUAAGGAGUAUAACACUGCAUUGCUGGAAAAGAAGUAUGUUGCAGCAGCUCAACAGCUGGAAAAGGCCCGAAGGAGCUUGAAAACGCUGGAAUCCCGUAAGGGCUUUGAGCUAAAGAUCCUGAAAGCCCUUGGCACGGAGCUCACAGUGCAGACACAAAACAUGCUCUAUCAUCUGGGAGAGGAGUGGCAGAAGUUGGUUGUGUGGCGGCUUCCUCCUUCCAAAGCAAGCAGCAGCCUGGAGUCAGCGCUGGCCUCAGAACUGCACUUGUGCACAGUGCCAUCAGAAGAGGGGUUGGCUGGCCCACCCGUUGCCUCUGUGCUGCAGGCCUUUGCUGUCCUAGGAGAACUGCACUCCAAGCUCAAAACUUUUGGCCAGCUCUUGCUGAAACACAUCCUGAAGCCACUGAUUUCUUACUCAUCUCUUCGGCCAUUGGUAGAGGAGCAGUCAGAUGUGGUCAUCCUGCGUUUUAAGUCCGAGGAACCUAACUUGGAUAACACUUCUCCUGUAGAGGUUUUUGAGAAGAUUAAGCAGAUUCUAGAAUUUCUUCACAAGUAUCUGCUGAAUGUUCCUCUUGAGGGCGUGGACGACAAAAAGGAGUGCAGGGUUAUACUGUCAGAACUGCUGGGUGAUAUAAUAUGGGAAGAGUUAUCUGACUGCCUCAUUCAGAACUGCCUGGUGAAUUCAAUUCCAACCAAUAGCAGCAAGCUGGAGCAAUAUGUAGAGGUGAUUAAGUCCACAGAGGAGUUUGAAAAAGCCUUGAAGAACAUGCAGUUUUUGAAAGGAGACACAACCAACUUACUGAAAUAUGCCCGUAAUGUCAAUUCCCACUUUGCUAACAAGAAGUGCCAGGAUGUUAUUGUGGCAGCCAGAAAGCUGAUGACCUCAGAAAUACACAAUACUGUAAAGAUCUCACCUGAUUCUUCUGUAGCACUACCAAGACUUCCUGAUCCAGGGGCAGGAGAUCAUUUGAAAAUGGAGAAAACUUCAAAACUUCUGCAUAACGAGAUGAUGAUUUUGGAGAAUGACUCUAAACUGAGCCAGCACACGUUUUCCCUGCCCGCAUGCCGCAUCAGCUCUUCAGUGGAGGAACUGAUGGAUCUGGCUUACCAGACACUUCUGGAGGCGACAGCCAGCACCGAUCAGUGCUGUAUACAGCUCUUCUACUCGGUGCGGAAUAUAUUCCAGCUGUUCUAUGAUGUAGUGCCAACAUACCACAAAGAGAACCUGCAGAAACUGCCCCAGCUGGCAGCCAUUCAUCACAACAACUGCAUGUACAUUGCUCACCACUUGCUCACCCUGGGACACCAGUUCCGGUACCGCCUGACCAGCAUCUUGUGCGAUGGAACAGCCACUUUUGUAGAUAUGGUGCCUGGUUUUAGGAGACUUGGGAUGGAAUGUUUUCUGGCCCAGAUGCGAGUGCAGAAGGGAGAAAUACUGGAGAGGCUGUCAAGUGCCAGGAAUUUUUCCAAUAUGGAUGAUGAGGAAAAUUACUGUGCAGCAAACAAAGCAAUAAGGCAGGUGUUGCAUCAGUUGAAAAGACUGGGAAAAGUCUGGCAAGAUGUCCUUCCUGUGAAUGUGUAUUGCAAGGCCAUGGGGACGUUGCUGAACACAGCCCUCACAGAGAUUGUCACGAGGAUCACUGCCCUAGAGGAUAUCUCUGCUGAGGAUGCAGAUAGGUUGUACUCCCUCUGCAAGACCAUGGUAGAAGAAGGACCCCAAGUUUUCACCCCGCUACCUGAAGAGGACAAAAAUAAGAAAUACCAAGAGGAGGUUCCAGUCUAUGUGCAGAAGUGGAUGACAUUCAAAGAGCUGAUGAUCAUCCUGCAAGCCAACCUCCAGGAAAUAGUAGAUCAGUGGGCGGAUGGGAAAGGACCUCUUGCAGCUGAAUUCUCCCCAGUGGAAGUGAAGAGUCUUAUCCGCGCCCUCUUCCAGAACACAGAAAGGAGAGCAGCAGCUCUGGCCAAAAUUAAAUAACGGUGCGUUUGCUCCUGCGUGUUCCCUCUUCUGAUGAAACAAGACAAGAGUGAACCGAGUCUUUCAGCUGGUUUUUGAUUCAACCCUUUUGUACUGGUAUAGAAGACGCUUACCAUUAGGCAAAGUGCUUCCUGGAGGCUCGACUGGAGAGAAAAACGUUUCCGAGCUCAAUAUCCUUGGGGCAAACAGGGGAGUAGUUUGAGGUCUGGGACUGGAAAAUCAAAGGUGGCUACACAUAGACACUAACUGCUUUGCUCCGUCUGCCAGGUCAAUGGAGUUAGGUUUCCUUCUGAUACCCUUCUUGAGCUGGUGGGCAUACAGUCCUGGUGAAGAGAUGCUUUUGGUGAUGUUUGCUAAAUUCCAUUGUCCAGGAUGUCCUCUUCCUCUAAGCUCAGCCUAGGGCAAUUAAGUAAAUCUUUUAUCCAACAUCUCAUUGCAAGAAUAGGCACUGGUGUCAGGUGGGCCUCCCGUGCAAGAGCUGUGGUGCUGUACUGUGUCAUCUCGAGAUUGCUGAGGGGGCUUCUGGAGGGACUUUUAUUUCUCACUAGCGAAUCUUACCUAUGCAGUUUUACAUCAGGGCACGUACGCCCACUGUAUCUUACCUCAUCCGUCCUUGCACAUUGCAUAUGAAACCCACAGACGUUGAUAGCUUUGGGGGUUCUAAGACUGCUGAAGUGCCAAAUUUUGCUCUUUCCUGCCCCUUUGCUCAGGUUUCUCUGAAAAGCAGGUCUCUAAAGAGCGAAAAUGUAAGGGGGAGAGGGAAAGAUGGUCCAUGUGUAUAAGUAAACUGUAUACUGGUUCACGAUGUUUUGUACAAGUGACAAAAUUACUCUGGGCUUUUUAUUUCUCAUGGAAAAUACUUUAAAGAGACUUAGAAGUCUUUAGUCUUGCUUUGCCAGCUGUGGAAGUGAGUUCAGCCGCUUCUUUUACUUUUUCAUUGUGUAAGAUGGAGGUAGCUUUGGCACCUACUGUCUUUCUGCCAUUAUCUCUUUCUGUGCUUUUAGAAGAGAAAUGUAAAUAAAUAUAACUAGGAAAUGCAGUGUGCAGUCAUAGCAUUGUCUUUCAAAUUACUAAUCUAACGUAGUAAGUGUUAGAUGGAUUUACUUUAUGCUUCAGCAUCUACCAGUCCUUUUUACAACAACGCAUUUGCCAUUUAACCCCUUUCUCCUGAGCACACCUAUCACUAUUAUUUCACCUGUCCUCUAUCAAAUUCAUAAAGCCUCAUAGAAAAGGAUUUGGAAAGGUUCAUUGGUUAACAAGAGAAAUGGCUAAAGAAUAUUAGGAAAAGGGUAGAUAAUUUGUCGUCUCGAUGCCCUGUUUUCCUACUGUGCACCUCCAAAAAUUAAGUCAGGCAAACAAUUUACCCAUAGCGAGGCUGUAAAUAAUCAAUUAUCGAGUGCAUGGGAGUACGAUGGG